AUGGCGGUGGCCUCAGAUACAGCCGAUGCGACGCAGAACGAAGCUCGUCAAGCAGCUCAAGCCUACCUGAACCAACGACUGGCGGAUUCGAAAAAGACGGCCUCUACUGAGCCCUUCAAAUUCCCCGUAAUCGAUAUCGCAAAGUCGUUCUCUUCCGACAUCGAAGAUCGCAAAGCUGUAGCUUUGGAGAUCCGAAAUGCCUGUAUGAACAGUGGGUUCUUCCACAUCACAGGGCAUGCAGCCAAGCGAUUCUAUGCAUUGCCACUCGAAAAGAAGGAAGCUCUCCAUGUCAAGCACUCGCCCUACUUCAGGGGAUAUGAGCCUUCGGAUUAUACAUAUGUGAGCAAGCGUCUAAGGUCAAGAAUCUCGAAUGGGUUCGCAAUGGUCGCACUUGAUAUAAACCCGUCAAGCCUCAGAGCUUUGUUCCAGUCACUGACCAUCUGUCAAUCGCUCCAGGUCAACCCAGACGACUGGAAUGCAGCUGAUGCACCGCAAGAGACAAAAGAGGCUUUCAACUGGGGUUACGAAGCAGGACUGGAUCCGACAGGCGGAGAUGGCAAGUAUCGAGAACUUGAUGGCAAAGCUGUGAACGGAAAUGUUUGGCCAUCUGAGGAAGACUUACCAGGCUUCUAUGCACAAGUGAAGGAAUACUAUGGUGCAGUUCUCCAAUUGGCGAGACACCUAUUCCGCUUGUUCGCGCUUGCUCUUGAGCUGGAGGAGAACUAUUUUGACGAGAUGUGCACGCAUCCUGGUGGCAUUGCAAGAGUACUGCAUUAUUCACCAUCCAAGGUCGCCAAGACUCAAGAAGACAAAGAGAUUGGUCUGGGAGCUCAUAGCGACUACGAGUGCUUUACGAUACUUCUGACGUCUACUGUGAAAGGACUCGAAAUCCUGAGUCCAGAUAAUCAGUGGAUUUCAGCUCCUGCUGCAGAAGGCAGCUUUAUUAUAAACGUCGCCGAUUUUCUUAUGCGAUGGAGUAAUGGACUCUUCCGCUCUACGGUGCACCGCGUGGUUCCUAUUCCAGAGACUCGCUGGAGUUGUCCAUUUUUCUUCUCUAUCAACUACGAGCAGCUGGUCGAGACUUUGCCGAGUUGCAUCACACCUGACAACCCGUCCCAAUACAAGCCUAUCCGUGCUGGCGAAUACGUGCUUGAGCGACUCAGAGCUACAGCGCGGGAUGGAUGAGCCGCCACCUCGAUUUCCAGGUAUCUGGCACCGUUUGAUGCAUGCUGAGGCGAAAAGAUUCUCAAGUGUGGAGGGAUUGUGCCAGCAUGGUGCGGCGAUCUCCUCUGUCUUCAUGACGCCGGCAAUCGCGUGUCUUCCAAUUGAGCAGCUCGAACCUGAUCAACCAUUCGAAUCUGAGGUUCGUCGUUAGCUGUGGCACUUUGCACUGGUAUCUUCUGUGACUCCUGAGCUCUUUUAUCAUAACCCUGCGGCUUCGGCAGGCUCUCCAACACGCUGCC